GCGAGGGGGGGAAGGGGGAGGAGAGGCGGCCGAGCGCCGCCGUCUCGCCGCCGCUGCCGUAACGUCCUGACGCUCCGCAGGGACCCGCCGGCCGGCCGGAGGGAGGGAGCAGGGAGGUCGGGCGCGUCGUCGAGAGGCGGAUUCCCCGCGGCGGUGACAGCGGCGGCCGCGCUCCUCUUACCUCAGCCGCUGCCGCCCGUCCGACGAGCCCGGCUCAGGUCCCAACGAUGGCGGGGAGAGGGAGAGGCGGAGGAAAGGACCUGCCUGAACGGAUGGCCCGUAUGGCCAAGGCGUUGGAGAUCGAUGUGUCCUCGGCGGUGCCUAAGACGAAGGAUAAGCUCCUGUGUCGCAUCUAUGGUGACAAGCCAGCUACAGUGGGCUUCCCUAUGUUGGAAGGCUUAGAGGAGAUUGUGGAGAAGGUCUGGAAGGUGCCUUCGGAUCUGCCGGCCACAUCAAAGCACAUCGAGCAGAUGUAUAAGAUCAAACAAGGCACAUGGCAAUCCCUCAUUAAACAUCCUCCACCAUCAUCCCUGAUAGCUGAGGAAGUCCAGCACCGGAGGUCAGGUUCCUCUUCCGUUCCACCAGAUAAAGAGGGAAAGAAGAUGGACGCCCUGGGCAGACGCCAGUACUCCACCUCGGCACUGGCCCUCCGUAUAGCCAACUACCAAACCAUCAUGGCUCGCUAUCAGCUGUCCCUGUGGGAGAAGCUGGCGUCUUAUGUCACUGACCUGCCUGCGGAUAAGAAGGCAGUGGUGUCACUGCUGCAAACUGAGGCUGUUCAAUUAUCAAAGCAGCAGAUGAAUGCGGGGAACCAUGCGGCUGACACUGCUGCCCGUGGCAUGGCCUCAGCGGUACUCCUAAGAAGGCACUCGUGGCUGCGGUCGACGGCUCUCUCGCAGGAGGUGAAAGCCAAGAUCGAGCAUCUGCCGUUUGAAGGAGAUUCCCUCUUCUCGAGCACCACGGAUGAGGCGCUAAAAAAGAAGAAGGCUAGGCAGACGGCUCGGUCGUUGGGAGUGACCUCAGCGGACAGGUCUGUGUUCAAGCCACGGUACUCGACCAGAUACAACCCGUAUCAGUACCAUGGAAGAUACCGACCACGUCCAUACUUCCAUCAAUACCCUCCUUCUCGGCGCCGGUACACCCCUACGCGGCAACAAAGCAAGAGGCGUAGGCCUUUCAAGUCCCGCCCGUCUCAGCCUCCUGCCCAGCAGAAAGAUCCGCAGGGGACAGGGAGGCAGUUCUGACAGUCUGGCCCACACGCAGCCCUGAACUUUUCGGACAGGGUGAAGCCUUUCCUGUUUGAAUGGGAGUCAAUCACAUCUGACUCAUGGGUCUUAACCAUUGUGAAUAAAGGAUAUGGGCUAGAAUUCACUGAACUGCCUAUGUGUAUUUCACCAUCAAGGGCUGUGAGUAAUACCUUGGUUGAGCUAGAGCAGCGGUGGGCAAUUGUUUUGGCUCGGGGGCCACUUUGUGGGAGCGGAGGUUAGCGGAGGGCCGCACCUUUUAAAAUGAUUGCAUUCAUUAGUUAACUUUGCAUUUCAGAAAAGGUAUAAAUUGUAUCAUAAAAAUCAAUAAAUAUAAAUUAAAUAAAA